AUGGUUCAGUCUGUUUCAUUGAUUGUGGAACAUACACGGAUUGUUGCUGAGGUGGCGAAGGAACGACCAGCCAGGGUGCAGAAUGAGGCGUUAAAUAUGGAGCAUGGGUUGGGGGGCAGGCGGGUAACUGAAUGGGACUCAACCAAGGACACCGGUGAUACUUGGGACCGGAGUGGUGAGACUGGCGAUGAUGCAGAGAAGGAAACUGGUGAUGAUAAGACUGCACGUAGCAUAUACACAUGUGGAGCUGUCUUCACAUACAUGCUCCUCCGAAGGGAUUCUCCUGGAAUGAUACAUUCUGUCAUUGGACAUUACAGACCUGGAAUGAUGAGCAUAAUGAAUGAGGAGCAGAUGGAGAACGGAACGGACUCCGACGACGACCUUCAACCCGAGGAGAUUCCCGCGUAUCUGAAAGACAGGAGAAGAGCCAAGUCCUUACCUGCGUAUCCAGACCAGGCGAAUCUGUACCAUCAGAUCUCCCAGAGCUGCAGGAAACGCGUGAAGUUCGCGGACGCGCUCGGGUUAAAUCUGGCGAGCGUCAAACACUUCAGCACGAGCGAGGAUCCUGAGAUUCCGGCCAAGGUGUUUAACAGGCUGAAGAGUUUCCCCCUUCAUAAGGACCGAGAGUUCAUGGAUGACUUGUGCAUGAACAUCAAGUCCACUCUGACACUGGACCACCUGGUCCCGACGUUCAAGAUGCCCGUGGAGUCCGGAGACUUGGAGACGCGGCUCACGCGCUGUCGCGUCGCGCUGGAAAGCGUCACGGUCACACAGUUUGAUGUCCGUGGGAUCAUACGGGCGAUGGGAAGGAGAGAAGUCGGGGUCAGGUAUACUUUCAACGACUGGCUGUCGUUCGUGGAUGCGCAAGCCAUCAACGUGCCCACCGAGGACACGACGCACGGAGCGCGCUUCUCCUUCACCAUGUUCACGCCUCCUUUCUUAGAUCCGAGCGCUUCUGUGCACUUCGCCGUGUACAUGAGGGAUGGUAAAUCUGAGUUCUGGGACAACAACGAUGGGCUGAACUAUUCCCUGAAGUACCACAGCUCGUCAUCCAUUGAGACCGCAGCUUUCCACGCGAUAUGAAGUGAUGCGCUUUUACGCACGGGCACGCUGCGCCAAAUUUUGACCUCACAACUGACUAAAACGAAGGACUGAUAUUACAAAACAUACAUGAAUGUGCUCUCAAGGGGAUAUCAACGCUCAAGGUUAAACUUUAGAGUGGACUGACAUUUCAAGUCAAGUCACCUUUAUUUCAACAGCGCUUUUUAC